AUGAGCUCAUUGAGUGACAAAGAAAGCGUUCAGGCUUAUGACACUAAUAAUAAUACUAAUAACAGCCUGAAUGAGAAUAUAAGCUCCUGGAAAUCAUUCAAGGAUUCUUUUAAACGUGCUGAGGUGCCACCAGAGGCAUUGCACGAAGGACUUACAGAUAUAGAGAAGGCCAAUAUAGGUGUAGCAAAUGCUCCACUUAACAGAGAUCUUAAAAAUAGACAUCUUCAAAUGAUCGCAAUCGGUGGAUCUGUGGGGACUGGGUUAUUAGUUGGAUCUGGGUCUUCCUUAAGAACUGGAGGUCCUGCUGCAUUGUUGAUCGCAUGGGGUCUCGUCGGUACGAUGGUAUUCUGUACCAUCCAUGCAUUGGGUGAAUUAGCAGUGACGUUCCCAGUCAGUGGUGCAUUUUCAUCAUAUGCGACAAGAUUUGUAGACUCAUCUUGGGGGUUUGCUAUUGGUUGGAACUACGCUAUCAUGUGGUUAAUUGUAUUACCAUUGGAAUUGGUCGCAGCUGCAAUGUGUAUUCAAUAUUGGAAUGAUUCUAUAAAUCCCGCUGCAUGGGUUGUAAUAUUUUAUUUACUUAUUGUUGCUAUAAACUUCUUUGGUGUUAAGGGCUACGGUGAAGCUGAGUUUUUCUUAUCGAUUGUCAAAGUGAUUGCAAUUGUUGGGUUCAUUAUAUUAGGAGUGGUUUUAGUAUGUGGGGGAGGCCCCGACCACGAAUUUAUUGGGGCUAAGAGAUGGAACGAAGCUGGUUCAUUUGCCAAUGGGUUCAAAGGAGUCUGUACCGUCUUCGUAACUGCAUCUUAUUCUCUUGCAGGAACUGAGUUAAUCGGAUUGGCAGCAGCAGAACUGGAAAAUCCAAGGAAGACACUACCAAGAGCUGUAAAACAAGUAUUUUGGAGAAUUUUCUUGUUUUACUUUUUAUCUUUAACAUUCAUUGGAUUGUUGGUACCAUACAACAGUGAGGAAUUAUUAGGUUCAUCAUCCACCAAUGUUUCAGCAUCUCCCUUCGUAUUGGCAAUCAAAUAUUCUGGAAUUAAAGUAUUGCCAUCAAUUUUCAAUGGAGUUAUUUUAAUUGCAGUAGUAUCUGUGGGGAAUGCUGCAGUUUUCGGAUGUUCAAGAACUUUGCAAAGUUUGGGAUCACAAGGUUUAGCACCAAAGUGGUUUGACUAUGUAGAUAGAAAGGGUAGACCAAUUACUGGUUUGGCAAUUUCAGGAGUUUUUGGAUUGCUCUGCUUCCUUAGUGCUUACAGUAAUGAAGGAGUAGUCUUUGCAUGGUUGUUGCUGGUAUCCGGGUUAUCGACAAUUUUCUCAUGGUUUAGUAUUGGACUUUGUCAUUUAAGAUUUAGAAUGGCAAUGAAAGUCAAUAGUAGAGAUAUCUACAAGGAAUUACCAUUCACAUCCAUGACCGGAAUUUGGGGUUCAAUCUAUUCAAUGGUGCUCUUAGUGCUAGUACUUUGCUUACAGUUUUGGGUUGCACUUUGGCCGAGUGGAGCCUCUUCACCACAAACUGAAAAUUUCUUCCAAAACUACUUAGGUGUGUUUGUAGUUAUAAUAUUCUAUUUAGGACAUAAGAUAUGGAGAAGAAACUGGCAAUUAUAUAUUCCGUUGAGAGAAAUCGACUUGGACACAGGUAGAAGAACUACCGAUCUUGAGACCUUAAUGCAAGAGAUUGAAGAGGAGAGAGAAAAGUAUUUAGCAAAACCGUGGUGGCGCAAGUUUGGUAGUCAUAUGUUUUAA